AUGACCCCCACCACCAUUAGACCUGUCCUCUAUGACACCCUGAGGCACUUGAUAUCCGCCCGUCAUUCCACUCGUAACUUCCUCACCAAGUCAGUUUCAAAUGACGACCUCAGGAACUGCCUCGCCCUGGCCCAAAAUGCACCCUCAGGCUCAAAUACGCAGCCCUGGAGGGCGACAUUUCUAUCAGGCGAUGCUCUCACCUCCCUAAAGACGGCAUUGGCUGCGGCCGCUGAUAACGACCCCUCGCAGAUCCUCCAGCUACCGGAGGCCUUUCGCCACUACAGGUCAACCCUCGGUCGUAAGCUCUACGGCCAAGCCAUGGGCAUCGCGAGAGAUGAUCUACCGGCACACACAACGGCCGUGUUACGAAAUUUCGAGUUCUUCGGUGCUCCCUUGGCGGGAAUCAUCUAUAUUGAUAAGGCUUUGUAUGAUGUGGAUCUGCUCAGUGUGGGAAUCUGGCUCCAAACUUUGGUUCUAGAGCUGACUGCGUUGGGCUUGGAUACGUGUAUUGAGGUUAGCGUGGCUGGAUAUUCGCAUGUCAUUAAAAGAGAACUUUGCAUUUCUGAUGAUAUGGAAGUUCUCUGCGGGUUGGCGGUGGGGUAUGGGGAUCCUACAUCUGCUGUCAAUCAUGUGGUCGCGGGACGAGAUGAAUGGGAGCAAUGGAUUGACAUUAGGGAUUAG